AAAAUAAUGAUAGUAUUUGUCAAAUUAUCAAUCAAACAACAAAUAUUUUUAAUCGUUCAUAAUCGUUAUUUUUUAUGCCAUUGCCAUUCAUUAUUGAAUAAUAAAUUGACGUCUUAACUACCUAUUUAUUGCCAUAAUAAUGGCACAGGAAGAAGACGAAGAGGAUUUCACUUUCAAUGUAGAAGAAGUACAAAACAUAGUAAGGGACAACAUUGAGUUUUGUCUUGGAGGGAACAUCUAUAGUCAUUCUCGUACACCCCAAUGGAUCUCUGUGAUCACAGAAAAAACUUUGGCAAGACUUAAUAAGCUAAACAAGCCUUUCAAAUACAUCAUGAGGAUGACGGUGACCCAAAAAAAUGGUACAGGUUUGCACACAGCUGCUGCAUACUUCUGGGAUAUAACCACUGAUGGUACAUGCACGGUGCGAUGGGAAAACAAAUACAUGUACUGCAUAGUUAAUAUAUGGGCACUAGCAUUACAGCUAUAGUCAAUUACAUAGUAUUUAUCGUUAUAGGUCUCUCGCACAAGUACAAUAACAUUGACACUAAAGUAGGGUAAGGUUGCGGCCUUAAUAUUGACGGCCUUCGUGCCGCAGUGGGUUUACAAGACGGAGGUCCUGAGUUUUAUAUCGAUCCCCGGCUGGGUCAAUCGAGGUUUUCUUAAUUAGUCCAGGUCUGGCUGGAGGGAGACUUCGGCCGUGGUUAAUACCGGUAAAGACGUAACGCCAAGUAAUUUAGCGUUCCGGUACGAUGGCGUGUAGAAACCGAAAGGGGUGUGGAUUUUCAUCCUCCUACAAAGUUAGCCCGCUUCCAUCUUAGAUUGCGUCAUCACUUACCAUCAGGUGAGAUUGUACUCAAGGGCUAACUUGUAAGGAAUAUUUAGAAAAAAAUCCAUAGGAUCGACCUUGCCCUGGUUUAUUGACAAUAUGUAUUUGUGUGUGUGGGAGACCUUAGGAUUUAUUACUUAUUUGGAAAUAAAACAAAAACAUAAAGCACAUUUUAGUAUUUUUAUUUUUGGUAAAAUUUACCACAAUACAAAAUAAUGAUAGAAAUAAAUAAAGUAAUAAAAUGUAUAGACAGGUCAUAGAACUAUGCAUUGUAAAAUUGGUGCUUUUAAAGCAAUAUAAUAUUAUAAUUUAUAAUAACAUUAGGCAAAAUGGCAUGUGUACAUUAAAAAUAAAAGCAUUAUUUUUAACACAAAAUAAUAUCAAGAGCAGACAUUUUUUUUUA